GGCCGACUUCAACUCUGUAACACUCAUACUUUUUAAUCGAGUCUUUAUAAGUGAGUGAGAAGGUCUAGUGCUCUCAGUAGCAAGAGUCUGAGAGCGAUGAACAAUAUCAGUGUGUGCUUUCAAAUUGGUCACAUCAGAAAAGCGUUCAUUGCAUUUACUGCAAAUGAUAGGCUUAAAUAAGAAAAUUACUUCAUUAGAUAACUUCUUUUCUUUAGCACAUUUAAUUACAAUAGUUUUAGCAGCUUUGCAAACCCCACACUGCUCAUCCACAAUAUCUAAUUUAGUUCUUCCACAAGCACAAUAAUCGACCCUACUGCAGUGUGGUGGUGUACGCGACUUAAAAUGAGAAAUAUAUGAUGGAGGUGCAGGUUGGUGUUCAGGAAGAUAGAAUGACCUAACAUAAUUUGAGCGCAAAACUUGCCACCACUUGCCAUUAGUGCUACUUUCAUUUGACCUGUUGGUUAAAGAAAGAUCACCUUUAAUGCCAGCAUGUUUUGAUUCCUUCGCUUGAAGUGACAAAAUACCAUAACCAAUAUGGUAUUCUUUCGUACAAUUUUCUGGCAUGAUAAGGUAUGGCAUACCCCACUGUCCAGACAGUAACAUUAAUACUUGUGGGGGAAAAAAGAACAAGAAUAUUAAAAUAAAGUUCACAGAAUUCAGUCAGUUGAUCAACUUCUCCAAUGGAACUUAAAUUAAUUUUGUUAAACAAUCCGCUGGCAUUUCGUAAAUAUUCCACUGCUUUUGAAAGUGCCAAUCGUUUGGUAUUCUCUAAAGGACUUUCUUCAUCAUAUUGCAAGGCAUCAACAAGUCUGUAGCCAUGCCUAGAAAGGCUCACAGCUUGACUACCUAUCAAUUGAGUUGGCAAUUUGUUUGACCUUUUAGCUUCGACACUGUAAUGCUCCUUAAUUUUAGAUGCUAAGUAUGCCAGACCGCAUCCAUACACUUUGUCUGCAGAUGAAUCUAGUGUGGCAGCCUUACUUUUAAGUGCCGCAGAUAAAUUGGCUGUAGCUUGUUCCUCUAAAAGGUUUAUAUGCUCUGGUAUAGCAAUCUCAGACAAAGUUAAUGUGUCUUCUGACAUAGAAUUAUUUAAAUCAUCUGGGUUUGUAAUCUGAUCCAAAGUUUCCAAAUGAUUACUAUGUUCAAGACCAACAGGAGCUGAUAAUAUUUUAAUGAACUGCUGGAAACUGUUGCGCUUCACACAUUCACAGUAAAUUAAAUCUAAUAAAUGCUGCCAUGCAUUAAUUUCACAAUGCAGUGGAUCUGGUCGAACUCUUUCCGCAAACACCCCAAUUCUAGGUGUCCCAAGUUGGCGCAUCCCAUUUUCAGCCAUAAAAGCAAGCAUUUUCUCAUGACGAGUAGUGCUUUUAAUAUUAAGAAGACUACAUUUGUCUUGGACUUAUGUCAGCAACUCUUGAGUGUCCUUGAUGACCUAACUCAUAGUUAUAAUACCACACUAAAGAGAAUUCUUGACAGACAUGCACCCCUUCAAGUUAGAUCUGUAGUUGUUAGACCUCGGGUUCCUUGGUUUACUAAUGGCAUUCGUGAAGCAAAAAGGGAACGGCGCAAAACUGAACGAAGAUGGAGAACUACAAAUCUUGAUGUGGAUUUUCAGCGAUUUAAGAGGGCAAAGAAUCGGGCGACCUAUUUGAUGAACAGAGCAAGAAGUGAAUUCUAUAGUAACUUAAUUAGUGAGAACUCUGGUAAUCAAAGGAAAUUAUUUUCGAUUACGAGGAAACUUUUCAAUCAGAGUAACGAGAUGGUUUUUCCACCUAACUGUAAUAUGGAAAGCUUUGUUGACGAUAUGGGAACAUUCUUUAUAAGGAAGAUUACAAACCUACGUGCGGAAUUAGCUUGUGUAGAUGAUUGUACCUAUAGCAAUCUUGGUGACCCAUGUGUAUCAUCAUUUGAGAAAUUUGAACCUUUGGAGAUGGAAGCUGUCAAGCACCUUGUUUUAGAGUCGAACACAAAAUCUUGCUCCUUGGAUCCUAUCCCGACUAGCAUGGUAAAGGAAUGUUUGGAUGAGUUGCUACCAGUACUAACAUCUAUUAUUAAUAACUGUUUGUCAUCAGGAUUAUUUCCUAAUGAAUGGAAAGAGGCUUUAAUAAUUCCGUUACUGAAGAAGUUUGGCCUGGAUUUAGCUUUCGAAAAUUUUAGGCCUAUUAGUAAUUUACAAUUUGUGUCAAAGUUGACCGAAAAAGCUGUUUUCAACCAAACACAUUCUUAUCUAGUUUCAAAUGAUUUGUUUCCUCUUUGUCAAUCCAGUUAUCGGAAAUAUCACAGUACAGAGACGGCGCUACUAAAAGUAAAGCAUGAUAUUUUAAUGAAUAUGAACAACCAAGAGGUUACAUUACUUGUUUUAUUGGAUCUCAGUGCUGCCUUUGACACGGUCGACCACAGUAUUCUUCUUAAGCGACUACAGGAGGACUUUGGAAUCUCUGGAACAGUACUUUCUUGGUUUUCUUCCUAUCUUUCAGGCAGGUCUCAAAAAGUUGUAAUUGAUGGUGUCUGCUCUAAAAAAUUUGAUCUGAGUUUUGGUGUCCCACAGGGAUCAUGUUUGGGACCACUGCUUUUCAUCCUAUAUACAAGUAAGUUGUUCAAAAUUAUCGAAUCUCAUUUACCGAACGCGCAUUGUUUUGCUGACGAUACUCAACUGUACUUAUCCUUUAAACCUGCAACUAUGUUGGAUGAAGCCAAUGCUGUUCGAGCAAUGGAAGCUUGUAUUGCUGAAGUACAUCAGUGGAUGCUCUCUCAAAAACUUAAGCUUAAUCCUGAGAAAACCGAGUUUAUGAUCAUUGGCACAAGGCAACAGCUGGAAAAGGUUAACAUCGAUUGUCUACAAGUGGGAGACAGGCAAAUUAUGCCAUCUUCUGUAGCGAAAAACUUGGGAUCUUGGUUUGAUUCUAAAUUAAACAUGUCACAGCAUAUUAACAAGACAUGUAGGUCUGCUUUCUUUCAUCUUUAUAACAUCCGUAGAAUACGAAAGUAUUUAACUCGCCAAGAUGUGGAGUGUUUGGUGCAUGCAUUUAUUUCAAGUAAGAUUGAUUACUGCAAUGGAUUGCUUUACGGUAUUCCAGCUGUUCAUAUGACGAAACUCCAACGUGUUCAAAGCAAUGCUGCAAGAUUGGUCACCGGUAUUUCACGAUUCAGUCACAUUACACCCGUCUUGGACGCCCUACACUGGUUGCCUGUUGUUUACAGGAUUCAGUAUAAAAUUUUAUUGUUAACUUUUAAAUGCAUACAUGGACUAGCCCCAAAAUAUUUAAUGGAUCUUAUUAACAUUAGAAGGCAUACUAGGUACAGUUUAAGAUCAUGUGGAAGUUUGACACUAUUGCCACCAACAGGAAAAUGUUUGACGACUCUUGGUGGGAGAGCAUUUAAAUCAGCUGCUCCAAAACUUUGGAACGUUAUGCCAGCAUAUAUUCGUAAUAUGGACAAUUUAAAUUUAUUUAAAAAGGCAUUAAAAACCUACUUAUAUAGAAUGGCCUUCGAACAUUGAAAUACUUUUUUAUAAAGUGAACUCUGAUUUUAGAUGUAAAUAACUAUAAUAUAGUAACUGUAAUUUAAAUUUUAGAUUUUCAUGUAAUGCGCAUAUGAACAUAUGUUAAUAUGCGCAACAUUACAUGGUAAUAUGCGCAAUAUAAGUUUAAUUAUGUUAAUGUUAAUGUUAAUUCCGACUAUGAGGACUUUACCAGAUAUCUAGUCUGCACAAUUAAUUCUGUCCGAGGCGAAACAGAGGACUGAGUUAAUUGCAAGGACUGGAUAUCUGGUAAAGUCCGAAUUGUCGGAUUUGAAAUGACAUCUCAAUACGAAUAAGUCACAGACACGAUUAAUUUUAAUCCAAUCCAAGGACUGAAUUAAUUUUGAACCUGUCCUAAGACUGGAUCAAUAUACUUCACCAGGUAUCCAGUCACAUCAUGUGAGCAAAAUAUAUACUGUUGGCUAACUUACUCAUGAAUUAUUAAUGAGUUUGAGAUGAGGGAAGAAAGGCCACCACUAUUGAUAAAUUUCUGUUUAGGCAAUGUUUGUCCUUUCCUAUUAAUAAACCAGAAAUUGUAAGAAGCGUGAAUGGUUACACAAUUAUAGAGCCUGCAUCGCAGGCUAGCAGAAGCAUAGUAUACAACAAUUCGUCCACUUGCGCACAAGACCAACACUAAACUAUAGCUUUUUUAUUUAGUUUUGCGGUACCGGAAUCUCUUCGUUGGUAUUUAGCACACAGGAAAUUCGAUAAAGCAGAAUUACUUGUCAAAAGAGUUGUGGAAUUCAAUAGGCUGCCUUUCCCUCGUGAGUUAUUUAAUGAAAUACAACUGGAUUUUAGCAAAAGUCAUGACAUGGUUACUUCGCAACGCCAGCGAAAGGCAAAUAUAUUGGACGUAAUAAAAUCACCCAAACUACUGAAGAUAACACUAGUUAUGUCUUUUCUGUGGUGAGUAGAUGUUAUUUGAUGUAAUGCCAUUUACUAUACGGCAAGGCAGUCCAUCUGCAAAAUGCAGCAUUUUGAUUGGUUCUUGAGUACAAACCGCUCACAUAUGUCAUAGUAGGAUCGCUAAGAUGGACCGCUCACGUAGAAAAACUUAAAGAACUCUUUUCCAAGUGAGAAAGACAAUCAAUAUAUGAUCUUUGUAAGUUUUAAUAGAAAUAACUUACUGUUCUAUUCUAGUUUGUUUUAAAAGACGUUGUUUACAUUAUAUAAAAUGCUAUUAAGCCUAUUAUGCGCCGGAAAUAAACAUGCAGCUUUCGAGUUUGUUAUAUAACUUCUGACAUGGACUUGUAUAAAACAAAUUCAAGGUGAUAGUUAAGUUACCGUGAUGUUUAUGUAUUGCUCAUUAAUUAUUUUAAAAUGAGUUUGCGAAUGUAAUUUAACGUGCUUCACCAAUUACUGUACUGCAUACCACACCGUAUACCAUACUACUCUACUUUAUUGAAAAAUGUCCGAUGUCUGACCUUUCAGGCCCUGUUGUUCAAUCUUAUCUUAUCUCAUCCGCUGUUCGUCAUUUCUUAGUGGCAUAUCUGGAAAUUAGCAUUAUGCUAAAUGUAUUGACCACGUUAAAUAAAUGAUAUUGUAUUGUGUUGUAUUGUAUUUCAUGUUGUAUGUUUUAGGUUCACAACUGAUAUGAACUUUUUCAUGCUGGCUUUAAACAUGUCAUCUCUUCAUGGUAGCAAAUAUUUGAAUAUUGCUAUCAGUUAUCUCGUGGAUUUGGUUGCAUUACUGGCUUUUAUUUGGUUUUUACCAAGGUAAAAUACAGUAGACCUAUGAUUUUCUACCUUAACCUUGUACCCAGGACUUUUUGCUUCCGCGGUUGGAUGGCCAGUUAAAAAGGCUCUGGCUUCGGCUGGUGACGUGACAGUUGAUUUUAUUACGUUUUCAUUGUGUACACCACGUUAAGCUAAAACACAGCAUCAGUUACCUCUUACAUCAAUAAUUUUUUAUCAUAUUUAGAGCCUGAAUAGCUUUAGUGAAAAUUGGUGGAAACUUAGUGAAAAUCGUAGUGAUGUAGAACCAAAUCGAUGAAUAAAAAGAUGCAUACUGAUCUUAUGUAUUUCCAUAAUACAUGCAUGAUGUAUUGCAGUGAAAAAUGUCAGAUCUAUUAUUUGCUUUAAAUUUUGGGUAUUAAAGUCCCCCUACCAAAAUAAUAAUUAUUCUGACAUUGAAUAAUCAUUACUGAACCAACCAGGUUGCAGAAUAGACCAGCUGAAGCCCGGGCCUUUUUAACUGGCCAUCCAACCGCGGAAUAAAAAUCGUUUUGAACUUUAUGCUGUCACUGGAUUCAAACCAAGCUAAUUCAACUUUGAAAUGUCAUCAGUUUGGAUGUUUAUCAAAGCCGCGAUAUAUAUAAGAGCUUUAAUAAACGAAUCAUCCCAGUUAACCGGGCCAUUUGAACAGCCCCUUAAUGGCGGAGCCAGUAGAAGCUCAAAUCUGAACCUCCCCAUAGUCUCAAAGACAAUAUUAAUUUUUUCCUUGGAAAAUAAUAGAUCUAUAAUUGCAUAAACAGCCGUAAGUGCGCAUGCUUAACCGCAAGCGAAACAAUUUUUCUUUGCAGACAUUAGCCGAAUUCAUAUUAGAGACGGGAAACUCGUCUUAGACGGGAAACUCGUCUCAGACGGGAAACUCGUCUAAUAUGAAUCCGGGCGCAGACGCGUUUCCCGUCCGAACUUUCCCGUCUAACUUACCCUGACUCUUCCACAGUCCCUCGUUAUAUUUUAGUACGGGAAAAUAUGCCCGUUCGCGGGUUAGGCGUUGACAGCAAACCUAACCCAUUCCCAUGAUCCAACGCGAGCGACUGGGAACGAGUCAGUAACUUACCCGUCUAACUUACCCGUCGAAACAGACGGGAAAGUUAGACGGGAAUCUCAUCUAGACGGGAAACUCGUCUUAAAUUCGAAUUUACCCGUCGCUCCCUAAAUUCAUAUUCAGACGGGUUUUCGCAGACGAGUUUCCCGUCCCUAAAUGAAUUCGGCUAAUACCGCACAGGUAUUUUGAUGAUAUAAGAGUAUAUUUAGGCUAUAUUUGCUAAAAGAGUAAAUCAGUUAUCAAUAUAUAAGCCAAUUCAAAAUCUUGACUGCGCAUCGAAAUGAUGUGUUAUGCGCCGGGAUAUGUUGCAGUUGAUCUUCACAUGUAGCUGACAUGUAGCUGCAUGAAACUGAAAGCAUCAAACAUAUGCAUCUCAAUGUAUUGAACUGUUCAAUUUUUAUUUAUAGCCACAGUAGAACUGUUAUUAAAUAUUUUUGUACUAGCGUACAAGCUUAAGGCAUUAUUAUAUUCUCCAAUUUUGAGUGAGCCAAUUACAGUCCAGAAACUAAUUGUUUUUUUAGCAACAUUUUGCAUAAUUGUACAAAUGAUGAUUGAACGGUGGACUACUUUGAUAUGCAUUCUUCCAGUGUCAGCUACAUAUUAUUAUUAUAGUUCUACUGCAACAUGUUCCUAAUUCUUUUUCCUCGCAUACAUGGGCCCAGCGGUAACAAUGGAAAUUAGUUGGAUUACAUGUAUAUAUAUAUAUGUUUAAUGUUUAAUGUUUAAUAUGAAAAUUACACAUUGACUAGCUACAAUAAGUAUAGCUAAAUUAGAAUGCGCAUGCAUUACAUACAUAUACAGGGUGUAUAAAAAAAAGGAAGGAGACCUUUAGAAAUCAAGCAUAUUGUUAAAAUUUGAAUGCCAUUUCAAUUGCACAUAUGCUAAACUGUGGUGCGUGAAAUAUUGAUGGAGUGCAUAUAUUAGAAAAAGGAGACCUUUAGAAAUCAACCAUUGUUAUCAUUUGAAUCCUGGAGCACUUUGCUAAGCGCAUGGCAGAUUGUUCCCAGGAGCAGACAAUCUUUUGUUUAAACGUUAUUUCAAUUUCUAAAGGUCUCCUUUUUCUAAUAUAUGCACCCAUCAAUAUUUCACGCAAUACGGUUCAGCAUAUGUGCAAUUGAAAAGGCAUUCAAAUUUUAACAAUAUGCUUGAUUUCUAAAGGUCAACUUUUUUUUGAUACACCCUGUAGAAGAAAUAUAUUAAUUACUGUACUAUCUAAAUUAGGUAUUACAAAAAGUUUCAAUAGAAAUAUAUAGUUAUCAAUGAGAGUUAUUAUCAAAAGUUCUACUGACGAAACAAUUGGACUGUUCCGAAAACUAUCUAAUACGUAUUAAAAACGUUUCGAUAAAAAAUAUAUAGUUAUAUUAUAUUAUAAAAUAGAGUUAUUAUAGAGUUCAAUUGACGAAACAAUUGGACUGUUCAGAAAACGUUCUGUUCUGUAGUGGUAAUUGUAAAACAAUUGACCAUACAUUCUGACGUGUAUACCUUUGCCCGUACCUGACAAAGUUUGUUAGGAAGAAGAUGGUGCAGUUUGUGUUGUGGGUCAGACAUUUUACUAAUAAGAUCAAUGCACAUAGUAUUGCGACGCUGUUUGUAGCUACCAAUCAGUGUAUAUAUAGAGUUCAGUGGGAAAGCCGUCCCAUAAAACAUUUCGGGUUUGGACGGCCAUAUUGAAUUUUGAACACGAGAAGUAAACAUUUUGAGUAUUUAUAGAACAUAUAUUGAGGAUUUUGUUAGUAGAAACUUGCUUUAUUGAACGACCGAUACAGUCAGUAAGUUUUUGAACACUUAUUGUUGACAAUUUUAAUGUAUUUGUAUAUUAAUUUAGUUUAACUUGCAGAAAACCUGCUGUUUAUAUUGGUGGAAAAUAGUAAUAUAUGAUAUAAUGUGGAAAAUAAUAGUGGAAAAUUGGCGAGUAUAUUUGUUGAGUUUUGACUAUCGAUCGUACGGGCAUAACAGUUUUCGACUAAAUAGGAGGGUAAUACGAAGUUUAUUGUUGGGUUUGAUCGUAUAUUUGUGGAAUUUUGUGGAAAUUUGGUAAAUAUCAGUGCGAAUAUAUGUGUGCGUGAGAUAUAAAUAUGUCAAAAUCAUCUGGAACUGUAUCUGCUGAGGAAACGAAGCAACUAGAAAAUAAUGAAAGUCGUGUGAGUCAAGGUGUAGAACAAAUAUCUGGUGGGGGAAAUUCAGGAACUAAAUGUUUUAUCGCCAGAGCAUGGAACAAAUAUGGAAGAAGAAAUUUCUGAACUAUACAAGGUGCGAAAUAUUUCUAUUAAUAAGUUAUCGCAGUUGGCUAGUGAAGUGUAUUGUUUGCUAAUGGGUAAAUGUGUCAAUACUAGUUGGAGAAAUGCUGUAUUGAUAAUGGAUAAACAUACUAUUGUAUGGAAAGAAUUUGUUGGUGUGCAUGGACGUUUAAUUCAAGUGUUGAACAGUGAGAGUGAGAAAAGGAUGACUUGUACUGAAUACGGACAGCAACAAAACAGGAAAUUAGAGUUGGAUGCCAAGUUAAAAGAGUGGCGUAAAUCAAAGGAAGCUGAACAUUUAGAUGAGAUAUAGAGCAAGUUGUAUAUAUUGUGGAAGUAGUGCUAGUACAAAAUUAUCGAGACAGUCUAAAAAAAGGAAAAAAUGGCUCUAGCUCAGGUGAAGUUACAAGAACUGAAAGUUUUACAGGAGUAUGAGAGAGAAGAACAGGAGUUGAAAAGGAAAAGAGAUCUAUAUGUUGCAGAGAUGGAAGCGAAACAGGCAACAGUGUCCUACCAAAUUGUUAUGGAGCAAGACUCAAACAGUUGUGACUUGAAUGUACCAAUGGGUGUGUCAGUUGCUAAACAACAAUUGAACAAAGGACCAGCAAGUUCAAUGAGGGUACCAGACCCACUGGUUAAUGAUAAGCUUGAAAAUUCGUGUGUAGCAUUUGACGAAAAUGCACCUGUUGAACAAAGUCCUACUUUAAAAUCGACAGCGUCGAAGUCCCCAGAGCAAAGAAUUGAGGCAUCUUAUGGUGAAGGGAUCGCAAAGGUACUGCAACAAGUAGUGAAUGCACCCAAUAUUGAGUAUAUCAAGUUUAAUGGAGAUCCAUCGAG